AUGAGUGCGGCAAAUAAUUUCCUCUUCAGUACUGGAAGGGAUAAAGGUGAUGGAAAGAGCAUGUGUGCUUGGCAAUCAUCAGCCAAUCCUACUACUGAAGAAUUACUUGCUGUUGCACUCAAAAAACCAAUUUAUCUUAACUUAGAUCACUAUCAAACCAUGCUUUUUAAGGACGACAGCAUCGCAAUUUUGCUUCCUAUCAAAGCUCGACCGAUAUCUAUCUUCCCACAAGUUAAAUUUCAAAUGAAUGAAACAAAACAUGUAGAAAAUGCACCAUUUUUAGCAAUAUUACAAAAAGGAUCUCCAUGGAUAUGCAACAUAACACUCACAUUUCAAGAUGUCAAUCAUUUCUUCCCUGUUUUUGAUGUUCAUUUCACUUUAUCUGACCCAUAUCCUGAUAAUAUACACGAUGCGAUAUACGGUGCUUUACAAGGCAUCACGUGGGAAUCCAAAAUGCGUGAGUGCGCCCAAUCAAUUGGUUUGCCUUUGAAUAGAAUGGUUUUCUUCUGGAAAAAUGGCAAGUCAAAUGAUGUCCUUUUCCCAGGAAUGAAACCUCUAGAUUAUGUUAAAGCUAAUUUCAACUCAGAUUUUACAUUAUAUAAGCCAGCUGGAGAUUUAUUUUAUAGAAUCAUCAAAGACGAUCAGAGUUUCAGUGGAGACUAUACAUUUCUUACCAAAACUCACAAGCUCAAUAUUAAAUCCAUGGAUACUUUCUUCGAUUCCAUUCUACAAAUCACAGAAAAGUUAAUCGGUGCAAAUUAUGACGAUUCGAUCUCAAUCGAACAAGCAAAAAGCACGUUAUCGAAACUAUCCAUAGACACGCUACUCGCCAUCGUCUCAAGAAUGACAAAUCCCAGAUUUGAUCUUACGGAAUGGAGCGAAUACGUAGCUUUGUUCAAAGCCGUAUCGAAAAAUCCAGAGCAUACGGACAGCCUGAAAGAUUUCUCUCAGUCAAGUCUUGCUUUAAUCAACUUCAUUUCGCAAACCAAAAAUAUUUUCUCUCGUCUUGUCCAAUUCUACACCAAAAUACACUUAGAAUUACGUAGAUUACCCAAAGACCCCAAUAACAACCUUUUCGGCCGUGUUGUUUACUCAUGUUUUGUAAAUGUUGCAGAUUCUCCAUAUACAUUGUUAAUUACCACCGGAUUCCUUGAAAUCAUGAACUUCAGUCCCUCGAAUACCACAACCCAUGAGAUAUUACCCAAUUCCUACUCCUUCAAAUGCGUAAAUUCUUCUCCCCUCCUUUUCUGUGCCUCCCUGACCUUGUUACAAGUCUGUCCGUUGACCAAUACAUCCUGUGUUGUCAUUAACGAUGACGGAUCCUUCGUUAUCAACUUCCCAAACAACACCGCAUUGACAGAUUUCGUUUUAAUCUUCCACGUUAGGCAGUUUGCGAUGAACGAGAAGUACAUCAGUCCUCCUCUUCCUUUCUACGGCGCUUCCACACUUUCCAUCAACUUUUCUUCCGCAGAUUUGACAACUCUCAUCAAUUUCGACAUCAAACUCUUGGAUAAGAACUGGUCCCUGCAGAUGAAACUCAACGACUUCGUGAACAAGAUCACACAGAAGUGCCAGAAAGCAAAAGCCCUUGCAAUUCCGUCACUUUUACGAUCAACAGUUCCAAACCACAUUCAAUCUAGCGCAAACCAAGAAAUUCUCGGCAUCAACGUAACAACAGACACGAUCUUCAAAGAGCUGAGACGCACCAACACCGAUGCAGAGCGUACACUGCGAUUCAUCACAGCCUUGAUCAUGGACGGCAUCAAUUCUCAGUCUCAUGAAAUCACUUACGAGACACUGAACAUUUUGGGAAUUGCCAGUUUGACACAGGCGAUUACAUUGCGUUCUCCACAGAUGUUGAGACUGUGCGCAACUGUUUUCCCUGCACAGUUCAGCGAGCACAUAAUGCUUGAUGACAACAUCGCCAAUUUCGCUGCAACGUACUUGACUGAUCUGAGAGUAAUGAGGGAACUGAUGAAGCAUGUCUCGAUUACUGACAGAUCUUCUGCUGCAGCAAACGGAGCUUUGAGGAAUCCUGGUGGUUCAUUGCAAGUUUUGACUGAUUCUGGAGCGAUUUUGGACGCAAUUUAUCCUGAUGAUGUCAAUCCAUUGAUACAAGCUAUUGAUGGCGGAAUGAAUGAGAAGAUAAUUGAGUUGCUGAGGAAAGGAGCUCCAGCAAAUUCAUCAAGGACAGAACUUGCUUCUGCUUUGAGAUUCGCAAUUGCAAAGGAUAAUUUGGAUGCUGUCAAAUUGAUGGCUCCUUUUCUUGGUGACGCAAUCAAUGUCGCAACACUGAAUGGAGAAUUUCCUAUUCACACGUGCAUCAUCUGCGAAAGAUGCGCUAUCUUGGAAGCACUGAUUUCUCUCUGUCCGAAACUCAACCCGAAUAUUUCCUCAAAGAAUUUCGCUCUUCCAAUUCAUUACAUCCUUCAAAAAGGAGAAUGUUUGAAAAUUUUGAGAGCGCUCAUGCAUCAUCCCGCGAUUGACUUGAACGCGUACAACAAGGACGGAAGGACUCCUCUCUCUAUAACAAUAGAUACAGGAAGAUUCGUCACGUUGAGAGUUCUUCUUGGAGAUAAAAGAUGCGAUCCUAAUUAUCCUGAUUUCGACGGAACUCUUCCGAUCCACAAAGCUGCCGCCGGAGGAAACAAGUUCAUUCUGGACACAUUGAUUGAGUACGGAGCGAAUGUGAAUGCUCCUGCACCUGAUGGAACAACUGCACUCUACAUUGCAGUGAAAGCAAGGAAUGAUGAAAUGAUUGAAUCGCUUAUGAAUGCAGGAGCAAAUCCAUCUCUUUGGAUGGUAAAUGGAAAAAGCAUUGACGACAUUUCUACUCCGGAAAUAAGGAAAAUGUUGUUCCCAGAAGGAAAAUCACAUAAUAUUAACUAUAUGGAUUAUGAAGAAGAGUUCAGAUAUCCAACUUUGAUGUUCAAGGAUGAAUAA